AUGUCUGAUUGGGAUAAAACUACUAUUCUCCGUAAGCGUGAUCCUGCAAAGGCCAAGGUCACUCGCUCUGAUACCGAAAUCAAUGCUGCCAGAAGAGCUGGCGCUUCCAUUAUCACUGACAAAAAGUCUACUUUGACCAACUCGAGUCAUGCUGAUACCGAUCAUCGUCGUAUUGCAAAGAUUGAUCGUGAAAACGAUGUUGCUCCUCCUCCUCGUGUCGAUGUCUCCGUUGGUAAGGCCAUUCAAAAGGGCCGUCAAGAAAAGAACAUUACUCAAAAGGAUUUGGCCCAACUCAUCAACGAGAAGCCUCAAGUUGUCAACGAAUAUGAGUCUGGUAAGGCUAUCCCCAACCAAAAUGUCCUCGGUAAGAUGGAGCGUGCUCUUGGUAUCAAGUUGAGAGGAAAGAACAUUGGCGACCCUUUGACUUUUGGCAAGAAGAAGUAA